UCAUGCAUGCAAAUUUUGUUUUGCUUUUGUUUAAGAUUUUUGCUCUUUUUUCUUCAAGAUUUUCCAAGUUACCUAAAUCUCUAAAGAGGAUUCUUCUGAAAGCUCAAUCCUAGUUUUACCUAUAUAUUCAUGUCACACUUAUAAUCAUUGUGUUUUGAAAUUAUUGUGACAUUAUAAUCUCGUUUUUCGGUUAUUUACGAGUAUUGUUCUAAUUUUUUGCUUUUUUUUUUUUAUAGUUUGGAUUGUUUUUUUCGUUUGAAAAAAGAAUCAUCAUGUUGGAACCAAUUCGUCAAAUCAUCAGUCGUCAACGUAAUAUUCUUGCAUCAUCAAGUAUACGGCGAAAAGAAAUUCUUGAAAGUGUUAGAUUUAAUUUUGAAGUCAUCCGACCAGAAUUCGAAGAGAAUUUGGAUAAAAAUUCAUUUACACAUCCAUGUGAAUAUGUAAAAGAAAAUGCUAAACAAAAAGCGCUAUCAGUUUGGCGACAAUUAGCCCGUUUGGAUAAAAACAAUGUUGCCGAUCUGGUUAUCGGUUGCGAUACAGUGGUUACAUUGGAUGAAAAAAUUUAUGAAAAACCUAAAAAUGAAACGGAUGCUAUACGUGUAUUGAUGAAAUUGAAUGGUCGAACACAUACGGUAUUCACAGGUGUUGCUUUAAUAACAAAAUCAAAAUCCAUGUCAUCAUCAUCAUCAUCAUCGACAACAACAACAGCUUCUAACCAGCAACAACAACAACAAAUGACACAAUCAUCAUCAUCAUCAUCGUCAUCAUCUGUUGAUGGUGAUUAUCUUGUCACUACAUUCCAUGAAGCGACCGAUGUUACAAUGUCCGAAAUGGAUAAAACAAUCAUUGAAUCAUAUGUUAAAACUGGCGAACCAUUUGAUAAAGCUGGUGGUUAUGGUAUCCAAGGUAUUGGUGCUACAUUAAUCGAAUCAAUUCGUGGUGAUUAUUUCAAUGUUGUUGGAUUACCAUUACAUCGAUUAGCUAAAGAAUUAUACUAUAUGUAUACGGAAUGAUUUCUUUUUCCUUUUUUUCAAUUUUGUUUUUCGUUUUUUCCAAUCACGAAAUAUCAUUCAUCAAAAACACGAGAACAAUUUAAUCACAAUUGACACACACACACACACACAAUCAUUAUAUCAAUACAGACACUAGUCACACACACAAUCGAACACAUUUUAAAU